AUGUCGGUAAGUGUAAUGUAUUUAUAGCUUUAUAACUUUCAAGCGCGACCUACUGUGCCUGUCCUAGCACACCUUGCCUUGCCUUGCCUUACCCUACCCUACCCUACCCUCAGUGUUUUGCCGGACCGGUCCGGUCCGCGGACGGGUCCGGUCCGGAGCGGACGGACCGAAACAAAAAUUUUUGCGGACCGGACCGGACUCAAAAACCUGCGGACCCGGACCGAAGAAAAAGCUCCGGACCGGUCCGGAAGAAAAAUUUUUUAAAAUAGAACUGAUUUAAAAAUUGCAAAUAGAAUGUAUUUUUAAGAGUUUUUAAGCAAAAAGAAAGCAGUUUCAGAGCUUCUUGCUUUUUUUAAAAAUAAAAAAAAAAUUUUAUGCGGACCGGACCGGACCCAAAAAUUUUGGGUUUGGACCGGACCAGACCCAAAAAUUUGAGGUUUGGACCGGACCGGACCCGAAAAUCGCCGGACCGGACCGGUGAAAAACGCUCCGGACCGGUCCGGGCAAAACACUGCCUACCCUACUCUACCUUAUUAAAAGCAUAACUGUACCUAUUAAUCUCUCACUCUGCAUCGAAGUCAACUACCUAUUACUACCCUACCCUCCUCUUUUCAGGCCUACGACUACACCGCCUUUUCCUUCAGUGAAGAAGAUUGGGAAAGAAUCAGAGCCUAUGACACAAGUGACCUCGGUUUGGGUGUAUUUACGAGGAAUCUGACAACAACUACUACAACAACGGUACCGUUAGAAGAUACGUUCCGACCUGAAGACAGUGCUAUGUACUUUUUGAGUCGACCCUUCGCUACACAAUCGGUCGAGUUUGAGUGGGUUAAUUUUAAAAUUUAAAUUUCAAAAUUUCUAGCCGCUGCCUAUUUGCAAUGUUCUUCCUACUCAUCUUCUUGUUGCACAUUAGCAUGAUAGCAGUUGGAGUGUUCCUCUACUAUAACAACGAAAAACUAAAUCCCAAACUGAAGCUGGUUUACGUGAUUACAAUGCCCUACAGUUAUAUUGUCAACUGCUUUCCUAACAAUAUCUUCCCGGUGAGUUAAGGAAGUUUUAAAUUUUUUUGGGCAAAAAAUUAUCAAAAUAACGUUGGUAUAGUUAGUUUUAAAAAGCUGUUACAGUUACUUUUAUAUAUUUUCAAAAGAGAUGUCAAUAUGCUCCCCUAAAGCUACCUCUGUCGUAUGUUUCUAUCUUUCCUUCCUUCAACUACCUUAUAACAACCAGCCAAAUUAAAUUUGUCUUUCCAAACCUCAUUCCACCUUUUUCAGAACCUCCGGCCCGACCCGAAGCCAGUCGAUUAUCCCGACUUGAGCUCAAACCCGUCCAUGCUCAAGUUUUUCGUUUUGCAUCACCGAAUCCGCCCCAAACACGAAUCCUGGGACGAAUGGCAUGCUGAUCCGGCAUCGAAGUUCGCUUGCCGAUCAGCGUUGAAGAAGUUGAUGUUGAGCAAGUCUUUGGCCAAAACAAGGGAAUAUGCUUUAUGA